AUGCUUCUUUGCGGGAUCAUUGGGGAGUCGACGCGUUCAGUUGGAGAAGUCUCAAAUAUCUCUUUCUUCUUCCGUCAGGCAUCCGAUGCGCGAAUCAACAGUGCCACGGCUGUUCUCCAUGGCUUGAUCUAUCUACUUGUUGAGAAGCAGCCCUCUCUUAUUUCACAUGUGCGGAGUCGAUACGAUAAAACGGGAAGCGCGCUCUUUGAAGAUAAAAAUGCAUUUUAUGCUGUCUCUGACAUCUUUACUCAAAUUCUGAGAGACCCGACCUUGCAAACCACUUACUUCAUAGUCGAUGCGCUUGACGAAUGCACGACGGAUCUCAAUUUACUCCUUGCCUUGAUCACCAGAUAUCUUCCUCUCCGAGACAGUCGAAACUGGCUUGAAAUUGAAGAGCAGCUUGAGAUGACGACGCAAACAUCGCCCAUAUCGUUGGAGUUGAAUGAGGCAUCUGUCUCUGAAGCUGUGGAAAUUUUCAUUCGGCACAAAACUGUCAAUGAUUAUCUCUCGCUGAACUCGCAAGGGACCUUUCUUUGGGUGGCAUUGGUCUGCGAGGAAUUCGCCAAGAUAUCGCGAUUGAAUACACUCAAGAGACUCGAGACAUUCCCUCCUGGACUCCUAUAUGGAAUCGGGGCUCUCAAUUCUUAA